UGUGCCGCGUUUUACAACACUGAACACGAGUCAAGCUCUGCGCACGCGUUUUGCACUUUUUGCACAUUUGUUGAAAUGGAUUUUAAUUUGCAGCACAAAUAUCGCAGAAGUCAAAUAAAUGGCACAAUUUAUGUGACAACAUGCCAGACCCUGGCCACAGAGCAGCUGGCCGAGCUGGAAUCGGGCGCCGGCGAGCUGUUUCUCACACGCAUCCACAAGCGCAGCACGCCGGAUCACAUUAUGCAGGUGGCCAUCGAACUGGGCGACGUCUAUAUGCUGCGCUUCAAGAUCGACUUCUCCGGCUGCAGCCGUGGCUAUGCCUACCUACAGUACAUCGAUGCCCAGCACAAGGCGCUCGCACUGGAAAUCCUGCAGCAUCGCUUUCGCGUGGCCCGUCUGAAGGUGCAGGUGCGCGAAUCGCGCAAUCGGAAGACUCUGGUGCUGAACAAUGUCAACCACCUGACGCCGCUGCAGGUGCACCAGGAGCUGCGCCUUGUGGGCAACUAUAUCAAGCUGUGCGUCUACGAGUAUCAGCCGCAGCGCUACAUCUAUCUGAUCCUGUAUCGCAACAACGAUGAGGCCGCCAUGGCUCAUCACAUGCUGCGCACCCGUAUGUCCAAUUUUGGCGCAAAUGCGUUUAUCGAUUGGCUGGACAAGGGUCAGCCGCAGGAGGUCAAGGAUCAACCCGUUGACCCAUUGCCCAUCGAUUGCUGUGUCCAGCUGCCGCGCAACGGCCACACCUUGGACCUGGACCAACUGCAAAAUGUGGCCGAAUGCGUUUGCUUUAGGAUUUGAGUGCAAUAUGGUGGGAGAUCUCCGA